ACCCACAAGAUUGCUUCGGGACUACGUUUGCAAGUGUUGUUCCGACCUUAUCCGAAAAUUCACAGGAAAUCUUUGUGGGCCGGCAAGCGAGUGGUCAGCUUUACAGGUUAGAGUAUUACUCACGAGAAACACCGUGCAGACUAACUUACACAGAUGACACUUCAUCACUGAGACCGGUGGCAUUUGGUUCGGAGUCGAGGAAGUUGGGCACCCGUGGGUUCAAGUCGUCUUAAUUUAAGUGCGUCUCAUCAUGAUGUGUUAUCCUAGUGUUGGUUUAUUGAUGGUUGUGGCAAAUAUUCUACAGGGCGCUACAUUAUUCCACAUGUUUCUUCCAGAAUCCAGCCUGUCUAUCUUCGAAUUGGGUCUCUUCUGGUGCAGCAUGCGUAGACCCCUCCCUUAUAUCGCCCUUGAUACCCAUGGCGAAACGGUGAUAAGCUCGCUGCGGGCUGGUAGUGGUACUAUCCAACUAGGGUUCUGAGCCUGCUGGUGAGUUGUGCUACUUAACACGAUUCCUGAUGAACUUGGAUGACUAUGUAUGUGCCCCUACAAUUAUCAUCCCAUGUCCGAAC